CUUGUCUCAGGCGAGAACCUGCCCACUGAGGAGCCCGGUUCUUUCCGGCCGGCGUAGGCCCGGGCCAACCCCUCAGGCGGCUGCGCCGUCGCGGCGGCCUACCAUUGACUCUGGGGUCAGGACAGCGAGCGGCCACGAAGGUUUGAUUCAAGCAUCUGCUCUUGCCACUACUGAUUCAAGCACUAUGCUGUUUACCUCACUGUCAGAUGUUUCUACCUCCAUUGCUGCUACUGGGCUCUCAGCUACAUCAACAACUACCACCACCACUGUCACUACCACCACCACUACCAUCACCACCAGUGACUUUGCUUUGAAUCUAAAACAACCCGUGUCAGCUGGGAUUAAUGUCAGUGAUUCAGCCAAUAUGACUUCUGUGCCUUUUACUUCAACCAUUAAUGCGCUGGUAACUCCCAUGAUGACAUAUGGUCAGCUGCAGGGUCUGUUAUACAAGUGGAACCUUGAGCUAGAGGAUCAAGAGAAAUACUUUCUUCACCAUGCCACCCAGGUCAAUGCUUGGGACCGUAUAUUGAUUGAGAAUGGUGAGAAGAUUACUGUUUUACAUGGAGAGGUGGAAAAAGUGAAACAGGAUCAGAAAAGACUGGAACAAGAAUUGGAUUUUAUCCUGUCACAGCAGAAGGAACUAGAAGAUCUCUUGAUCCCUUUAGAGGCUUCUGUGAAGGAUCAGAAUGGGUCUCUUUCUCUGCAGCAUGCAGAUGGGGAACAUGAGAACACUUACAAAUCAGCAGAAAAUAUAGAUGCUCAGCUGAAACAAAUGACUCAAGAUCUCAAGGACAUUGUUGAGCACCUGAAUAGUUUUGGAAGUCCAGCUGACACUACUGACCCGCUCCAGCAGAUCUGCAAAAUUCUGAAUGCUCAUAUGGAUUCUCUACAGUGGAUUGAGGAGAAUUCAGGCAUGCUGCAAAGGAAGGUAGAAGAGGUAACACAGGUUUUUGAGACUCAUCACUGCAAGGAACAGGACAACAAUGUCAGGAUUGCUUUUAAUUGAAUGGUCAAAUUUUCUGCAUGUUGUUUUUGGAUUAUAUAUUACCUACAAAUAUAGAUGAUGUUAAAUAAAGUAGUAUUUACAGUUAUGCUUUAAUCUUUGGUUGCAGUAAAAUCUGUCUGUUUUUGUGGCUUUUUCUCCAUUUAAAUAUUAUACUGUUGAGGAUUAUACUGUUUGACUGUUAGUAUUAAUAGAUUAAAAUAUUAGCCCUGUUGUUUAGAAGGAAAUCUCAUAGAUGUUGAUUCUCUGUAGUUCAUAUCUUACUCUGCUAGAUUCCAUUCCUUUCUACGAGCACAAAUCAGCUUUCUCACUCUAAUCAGAUCAUAGAGAAGCGUUUGCCAAAAAAAUAAAUGCCAGUUUGUCUUUACUAGCUGCCUGUUACUUUCAACAUACAGUGCUAGUUACUAUAAACUCGCUCUCCUCAAAAGAACUUACUGUCUAGUUUGAAAAUAAAUAAUGCCUGUCUGUAUGAAAACAACACAAGGUUAUAUGUUAUCCAUUACAGAAAGUGUGUGCCACAGAAAUUCAGAGAAGGCAGUACAAAUCAGUGUUGAUUGUGGAUUUGAAUUAGGUUAUUUUAGAAAGGGGAAGGAUCAGGCAAUGUGCUUUCUUUUGAUGUACAGAUACCUUGGUAUCUUAUUUAGUUUUAAUAUUUGAUUUAUAUUUGAUUUUUGUGGAUUUUUUUUAAAAAAGCAUUGUUCUUAGCAUGGGACAGUCUGAUCCCUUCAAUUACAUGUUUCAUCUCUGUCAAUAAAUAAAGGUAAUGUUCUAAAAACAAAUAAAAGUAUAACACCAAAAUUUGCUACUUGAAAGUUUUUGAGUGACUGGAGCUUGGCUGUCUGUAAUUACUGACC